UUAGCCCGGCCUGUUUCGGGUAAAUCACACUUGGCUCUGGGGUCUAUUGGUAAAUGCUGACCUCUACUGGUAAGAUAUGUCUCUGCAAACAAACCUCGGCCUGACAGAAACAAAACAACUCAAGGAGGAAACAAAUGGCUAGGACAAUUGGUUACUUUGUCCGUUUUUAAGCCAAUUUAUUUUACUUGCCACAAAGUAAAAUAACGUGUUAAAGACUAUUUGGCAAAUGUUUCAUUUUGUCUACGUUAAAGCUCAAAGGUGGAUCGGUACAAAUCAACUUUUAACCCGAUUAACGUGGGCGUAAUUAGUUAGCUCACGUUAGCUAGCUAGCUUAUAAACUGCUUUGUUGGUGUGGUGUUGUGACACUUUGGAAUGCCUAUAAUUUGAGGUUUUCUGCACUAAUAACGUCACGCCACAGUUUAACGUUAACUAAAUGUUAUUUAUUAUUAAGUUCUCGCUGUGCUAGAGUCGCUCAAACAUGUCAACAUGUUUAAGAAGGUGUUUAGAACAGGUUGUCUCGUAAGAACUGGACAUGUCAUCCUUACUUGGGCGACAACACUUGUGUUAUUUUUACACGACACAGAUUUGCGGAAGUAUGAGGAGAAAGGGGAGCUGGCACAUCCGGUGGUUUUCGCAUCCUUGGUGCUCAUCUCCGUGAUGCUUUACUUCACGGUUUCGCUCAUGGACCCGGGGUUUGUGCUCAGCGACGUUGAGAUAUCAUCUACAAAUGAAGAACUGGAAGAAAUGAUGCCACAGACAGCUCGUCUUAGACGUUGUGGAUACUGUUUACUACUGCAACCAAUGAGAGCCAAGCACUGCAAGGCAUGUAACAGAUGUGUGAGACGGUUUGACCACCACUGUCCCUGGAUAGAGAACUGUGUCGGGGAGCGGAACCACCGCUGGUUUCUGCUCUAUCUGGGAGUCCAGCUGCUGGUUCUUCUGUGGGGCCUGCAGACUGCCUGGUCUGGCAUUGUUUCCGCCCCCACAUGGAAACUGUGGUUUGUGCAGAACGGCUUCCUGCUGGCGGCUCUGGGGGUGACUGGCGUGUUCUCAGGUGUCGUCGUGCUCCUGCUAGGAUGCCACCUCUACCUGGCGUCCAGCAACACCACCACCUGGGAGUUCAUGGCACGCCACCGCAUCUCCUACCUCAAGCACUGCGAUUCGGAGGAGAACCCCUUCGACCGAGGGCCACUCUGCAACCUCUGGGACUUCUUCUGCGUGUGUCGGACUGUGGCUUGGGAGAGAGUGUACGCCAAGUUCCGAGCAAGUGCAGUGUGUGACUGACUACUGAAUAUGGAGACAGUACUGGGAGGCUUAACACACUGGCUACUCAGAUUCUCUUGAAAAAUAUGUCAUGGCGGUGAUGAUUGGUGCUUCACGACACAUUCAGGAAGGAGUUUACCAUUGUGCUGCUGGAUGCAUGAUAUGCAGAUCAUGGACAUGGUGUAUUGCUGAGCAACAUUGGCCAUCCAUGCAUCUGAUUGUCUUUUCAUAGAGAUUACAGUUAACAUGAAUCGUCUGUAAUACAUUCCCAAAACGUCCUUCACUCAUUUUGACCCUAAGUGGCACACUACAUCGAAUAUUUCUCAUCUUUUUCAGAUGCAAAAGUUCCCCUCAGUUUUUUGUAGGUUUAAAUGUCUGUUUCAGAAUAAUCAAAAUGUAAUAAUUUAGCUGUUUCUGGGGAAACAUUUACUGAAUUUGUAAUGAAAGGUUUGUUUCAAAACUUUCUCUUGCUUUAAUGUAAUU